UUAUUUUUACCUGAUCAUUUAUUAUUUACUCAAUGUGAUCAUUUCUCACAGAGAGCGUCUCUGUGUAUCGAUACGUUUGUACUUUAGAAAGCUGGAUCCAUCAUGUGUUUGCUGUGGCUGGUGCAAAUGUUCUCUAUCAAUUAUAGUACAUAUAAAAUACUACUUAUUAAAUUAGGCAUGUUGGAUCCUGAUCCGAAGCAGUCUUCUAACUUAAAGCAAAGAUGAUUGUGCUAAAUGGAAACAUCACUUAAAUAAAUUCAACAUCAAUUUCAGCUAAUUUAAAGUAAGCAACGACUGGAUAAUGCAACAAGACAUCUAUCCAAAGAACAAGAGCAAGUCCCAAAUGUUUGGUAGCUGAUGCUAAAGGUUUUUUACAUGGAAAUGGAGCGGCGUAUCGUUCUGCUGGGGAAGACCGGAUCGGGAAAGAGCGCUGUUGGAAACACCAUCCUCAAAGGCAGAUAUUUUGAAGUGAAAUCUUCUCCCUCAUCUGUGACAAAACAAUGUCAAAAAAAAACCGUCGAUCACAUCACAGUUGUCGAUACACCCGGAUUAUUUGACACAUCACUAACUGAAGAUCAGGUAAAGAGAGAAAUAGAGCGGUGCAUAGAUAUGUCACUUCCUGGUCCUCACGUGUUCCUGCUGGUCAUCAGUCUUGGCAGGUUUACAGAGGAAGAGAGGAACGCGGUGAAAUUGAUCCAGCAGAACUUUGGAGAAAAGGCCUCUGACUACACCGUCGUCCUGUUCACCCGCGCAGAUCAGCUCGAAAACAAACCCAUAGAGACGUUUAUAGAUGAAAAUAAUGAACUGAAGGACCUAGUUAUCAGCUGUGGAACUCGAUAUCACGUCCUUAACAACAACGACUCUGAUCCCUCUCAGGUUAAACACCUGAUGCAGAUGAUAGAAAAAAAAGUCAUUAGGAUAAAUGGUGGAAAGUGCUACACUAGUGAGAUGUAUGAGGAGGCUCAGAGAAAGAAAAACAGGGACGAUUUAUUUAAAAUAGGUUUAGUUGCAGUCGCAGUCACGACUGCAGCAGUACUUGGUUACCGUAAGUUUCUUUCCUGAUUAUCAGUUGAAGAACUGAAUACAGACUUGGAUGAAGAAUGAGAAGUGAUUCAAAAAGCUCUGAACUAUAUUACAUAACAUUAUUCACACGAUCUUGUAGACACCUCUUGUCAAUCUUGUUGUGAUUUAUUCAUUACAUUUACUUUUGUAAUUACAUGCCUGAGUUGUGUGGAAGGUUCAAUUAAAGUUCCUCUAGAUCUUUAAACAGAAUAUUUAAAUAACUAGAUUAUUAAUGAUUUAUACAUGUGUUUUAAGGCUCAAUACAUUUGCUCAGCGGUGCUGUAUGAUGUUGAUGGUUUAUUACCAUCAAAAAUAUAAAGAAUGAUUACAAUACUUACAUAAAACAAUUUCAAAAUGGUGAAAAGGUAAAUGUGACUAAAGUGGGAAUAUGAGUUUAAUAUAUUUUAAUA